AUGCCUAUCAAUCUAUACGGAUUUAUUGACCUCUUAUCACACUUUUAUCAGGAGAUUCAGUCGAGCAAGGAAGAGCUACCGGAAGAAGCUGUUAAGCUAAUAGCUCGCACCUUGAGCUUUGCUCGGUCUCGCUUGCAAGGGCCGGACAAUAAACAAUCGAUUCAGACGCACCUCGGGGCGCUGACGAACUUGAGCAAAGUCAUCGAGUCGGGACACCCAAUUGCGCUCUUUGGCAUUGCUACUUUCGCUAUUUUCGAAGUGUGCUGCGGGUCAUUCGGCAGAUGGCAUCGUCAUUUGCAAGGUGCUCGUUCCCUUCUCGAUCUUCAUUGUCAAAACAAAGCCGAUCUCGAUGCUCUGGCAGCCCGAGUCCCUGGACUGGGAGAUAUCCUGGCCUACCUGGUAUGGUUUGACGUUACUGGCGCUCUAGUCCAUGACAGGGACCUGAUUUUUGACAAAUGGCACCGCGGAAUCAUAUCUUCAAAUUUCUUCGACUCGGUGGGUUGCCCGCCAGAUUCAUUUGAACUCCUAGCGCACCUGGCAGAUCGCAACAUCAAUAUCGAUAUUUUGGACCUCAAUGCUAGAGCUUUGGAUCAGAUAUUACUUCUGGAUAAUAGUGACACCGGCGAGCGAGGUCUAUCAGCCGCCGUGUUCAGAUACACUGGCGCAAUAGUGGCAUUUGGCCGUUCUGGAAAGGCGAGGAAUCGAGAUAGCGUGGCUAUUUCGGAUCCACAUUCGGGUGCAUUAUCAAGGAUGGUUGGUCGAACAUGCGAUCUUAUCUCCAGGAUUCCCACCUCCUCUAGAUUCUACGUGCAUUUAGCUUCUCCUGCAUAUUUGACCGGGAUGCACGCGACCAAAACACAACAAUGCGAGAUUCUGCGAGGGUAUUGGCGGAAUUGUCAGUUAUGUGACUUUCCGCGUUAUCCGGAUGCACAAGAGCAAUGUGAGGAGAGAUGGAGAAGCAGGAUGAUCUGA